AUGGUGAAUUUUGGGACAGCCUUUGAAGGACUUACCCAUGAGGAGAAUUUCCACAUAACUCUAUUAAUCCUUGCAUUAAAAAAUCUGACUCACCUCAUUGUUACAUUAUGCAUCCUAGGAAGCACUGUGUCACAGGGAGCUCCUCGAAGAAAGUCAAGGAAGCAAGUGUACUCUGUAGCACUAACUGAGAUUCAUCGACUGCAGCGCAGUACAAAGCCCCUCAUACCAAGACUUCCCUUUUAUCGGCUUGUGAAAGAGAUCAGUCAUGAUCAGAUGUCAGAGGUGCAGUUCUACACUGUGGAAGCUAUAGAGUGCUUGAGAGAGGCAACUGAAAUCUUCUUGGUGGGAUACCUUGAGGAUUCCUAUCGUUGCACCAUACAUGGCAAUCGGGUCACACUCAUGGAGAAAGACCUAAUUCUGUGUGCUGACAUACGUGCUCGUUAUGAGCCAAACGUGUUCACAAGUAGACCUGGUGGCAGAAUUGCCUAUUGA